UUUCAAAUAAAGAAAUUAACAUACGAUAGUUUUACAACCCAUUCAUCAAAAACCUAAAAAAAGAGUGGCAUUUUGAGUAAUAAGAGUUUAAUUCAAAGGGGGAUUCAGAAAAAGGAAAAAGGUCGGUCUAUGUGUUUAAAAUUAAACCAGAAAUUCCACGCUCCUCUUUUGAAAAAAAAAAAUUCCCAAGAAAGGCUUCUCUGCUUGAAAAGCCAGGAAAGAUUAGAAAUAGAAGGAAAGGGUGAUUGAGAGAAUUUCCCAAUUCGAUUCCGAAAGGGCUAAACUCUUUUUUAUUAGCAAGUGUUAUUUGUACGUAUGUAAUGCAUCACAAGAAAUCUGAACUUCAGAUCGGGAAAGAAAGCAGCGGUGUCUCUUCCGAUUUCAAUCCUAAACCCUCCACCGUUCAUCAUCAUCAACUCCCACUUCAUCACCUUCAGAAGCAUUUUAAUUACCAUCAUCGUUUACAACAGAAAUCCGAUGCAACAGCGGCGGAAACGGUCACCGGUACCACACCGAUUUCGGUUUUCCCUCAGAUAAUUACCCAGAACCCUCCAGAAAAUGGCACAAUUGCUCCUCCGCCUCCUCCAUCUUCUUCCUCUUCUCCGACCCCUUACAAGAGACCCCUUUUGACCCAGACGCGUUCUCUUACCAAAUCCCCUACUUUGUACCGCUUUACGACGCCCCGUCAUUUCAAUUCCCAAAAUACCACUUCUUUUUUUUCCUUCUCCGUUGCUGCUAAAUCCUUCGUUUAUAGGAUUCUCCGUCGUUUCAAGAACCUACGUCGGCUCCGAGUUCACCUACGUUUAAUCCUUCUUUUAUCUCUUCCUUUCUUCUACUUCUUAGUUUCGCACCCAAGCCACUCUUUUUUACUCGACUUCCUAUCCGCUUUUGCUUUCUCAGCUGCCCUUCUUUUUUCCCUUAACCUUGCCCUCCCACGCCUCCCUUCAAUUUGUUUGUUCUUAUCCCGUUCCUUUCCAAUUAAGCUCAAAUCGUCAUCUUCAUUCUCAAGGUCUCAUUUUCCAGUGUUAUGGUCCGUUGGGUCUCGACCAAAAUCCGAAAAGAGAGCAAAUUCGGGGUGUUGGGUUCAAGUUUAUAGCAACGGAGACGUUUAUGAAGGGGAGUUUCAUAAGGGGAAGUGUUCAGGGAGUGGUGUAUAUUACUAUUAUAUGAGUGGACGAUACGAGGGUGAUUGGGUGGAUGGGAAGUAUGACGGCUAUGGGGUUGAAACGUGGACUAGAGGAAGCCGGUAUCGUGGACAGUAUAGGCAGGGUCUUAGGCAUGGAUUUGGGGUCUAUAGGUUCUAUACUGGGGAUGUUUAUGCAGGAGACUGGUUGAAUGGGCAGAGCCAUGGCUGUGGAAUUCAUACAUGUGAGGAUGGAAGUCGAUAUGUUGGGGAAUUCAAAUGGGGAGUCAAGCAUGGACUUGGACAUUACCAUUUUAGGAAUGGAGAUACAUAUGCUGGGGAAUAUUUUGCAGACAAGAUGCAUGGAUUUGGUGUCUAUUGUUUUGCAAAUGGCCAUAGGUACGAGGGGGCUUGGCAUGAGGGUAGACGACAAGGGCUUGGAAUGUAUACAUUUCGAAACGGGGAAACACAAUCUGGACAUUGGCAAAAUGGCAUUCUUGAUGUACCAAGUACACAGAGCACUUCAUAUCCCGUAUCUCCUGUUGCUGUUUAUCAUUCUAAAGUGCUAAAUGUGGUGCAGGAGGCUCGAAGGGCAGCAGAGAAAGCUUAUGAUGUGGCGAAGGUAGAUGAGAGAGUAAACAAGGCAGUAGCUGCAGCUAAUAGAGCAGCUAAUGCAGCAAGAGUGAUAGCAGUUAAAGCAGUACAAAAGCAAAUGCAUCAUAAUAACGUCUUGGUUCUUUCAUCAAUAGACUGCAGUUUUUAAUUUGCUUGAACGAAGGGUAAAAGAGUGUUCAAUCCAUUUUAACAUAAAAGCCUGUAUACAUGCUGGGAAGAAAAUCCUUUGCAUAGAAGAGAAGAGAAGAGGUGGAGAAAGAUGGUGAUGGUGAUGGUGAUGGUGAUGGUGAUGGCACCUUUUUCUAAUUAUUUUUUUGCUUUCCUUUCUUGUUACGGUUUUGUAGAGAUGAGUUAAGAUGUAUAAGUGCUGGUGGGCAGGUGAAACCUCAUCCAGUCAAUGUUGUAUUUGAACUUAUUUGGUUCUUUCAAUGAAGAAAAUCAUGCUAUAUGCUAUGUUCUUUUAAA